GCAUAUUGUAAAUACUAUGAACUUUAUAGUGACUCAUCGCGGCCCCUGAAGGCUCCCGGGCCUCAGUUUGAACCUCCUGGCCCUCAGAGGACACCAGGCGGCGCUGCGGCAGCAGUUUGUCCGCCUGCAGGCUGCUCAGCUCGGUUUCCUGAAACGCAUAGCUCAGGAUUAGGAAGAACACACCCAGUGACAUCAGGGAGGUUUGAAGAAGAAGAAAAAAGUCUCCAACGUCUGUGCAGAGGAGGAACUGGAGGGCCGAAAGGUCCCGGGCGGCGUUUCUCAGCUUCACUGCGGCGUUUUGUGCUCCGGCUGCGGACGGUUUGGACUCCAGGCUGCGCGUAAAAGUUUGUGUUGUCACUGAAGCGCAGCGCGGAGAGUUUGUCUAGAGGAGGAUGUCAACUUCAGAGGAGACGGACGGACUCCGGCCCAGAUAUGGCUCCGUCCUGGAUGCUGUCGAGCGGCUCACGGCGGAGGAGAUGGAUGAGCGGCGGCAGCAGAACAUGGCCUAUGAGUACCUGUGUCACCUGGAGGAGGCCAAAAGAUGGAUGGAGGCCUGCCUGGACGAGGAGCUGCCUCCCACUACAGAGCUGGAGGAGGGUUUGAGGAAUGGCGUCUAUCUGGCCAAACUGGGCAACUUCUUCGCGCCGCACACGGUUUCCCUCAAGAAGAUCUACGACCGCGAGCAGACGCGCUACAAGGCGACUGGUCUCCAUUUCAGACACACAGACAACGUCAUCCAGUGGCUCAACGCCAUGUCAGAGAAAGGACUGCCGAAGAUCUUCUACCCUGAAACCACAGACAUAUAUGACAGGAAGAACAUGCCGCGCUGCAUCUACUGUAUUCACGCACUCAGCCUCUACUUGUUCAAGCUGGGUUUGGCCCCUCAGAUCCAAGACCUGUAUGGAAAAGUAGAUUUCACCGAGGAGGAGAUCAACAACAUGAAGAGCGAGCUGGAAAAGUAUGGAAUCCAGAUGCCCGCCUUCAGCAAGAUUGGCGGGAUUUUGGCCAAUGAGCUCUCAGUGGACGAAGCUGCAUUACACGCCGCUGUGAUCGCCAUCAACGAGGCCAUCGACCACGGGGUACCGGAGGGAACGGUGGCCGCUAUGCAGAACCCCAACGCCAUGCUGGUGAACCUGGACCCCAGCUCGGCCCAGCAGUACCACGACACGCUGUACCAGGCCAAAGGGGAGAAGGUGGCCAACUCACGCAAGAGGCAAAUGGAGAACGCCGACGCAGAGAGAGACAUCUACGACGAGCUUCUCACGCAGGCUGAAAUCCAGGGAAACGUCAACAAGGUCAACGUGAGCAAAGCCCUGAGCGCGGCCGAGCAGGCGCUGCUGAGCGGCGAUGAGGACAAGCUGUACGAGGCGCUGAAGGCGAUGGGCAUCCAGAACCUGCAGCCCCAGAACAAGGGCUGGUACCUGAAACAGCUGCAGGGCGACCGGGAGAAUAAAGAGCAGACGUCUCCAGGUGAAGCGCUGUCCAAGGACGAGCUGCAGAACGGCGUCGACGUGGCCAAUGAGAUCGCACAAGGCUACCUGAAGAUGUUGAAGGCGGUGGAGCGCAUCAACGCCGCCAUCAGAGCGGGUGUGCCGGAGAAGACUGUGGAGGAGCUCAUGAACCCCGACGCUCAGCUGCCUGAAGUCUAUCCCAACGCUGCAGAUCUGUACCAGAGAGAGCUGUCCAGCCUGCAGCAGCAGAGCCAAGAGGGAUCCCUGUCCCACCCGGAGCUGCUGGUUGCCGUGGAGAUGCUGUCGGCGGUGGUGCUGAUGAACGAGGCAAUGGAUGUCGGAGACCGAGCGGCUCUGUGGAAGCAACUGUCCAGCAACGUGACUGGACUGAGCAACGUGGAGGACGAGUACGCCCAGAGAUAUAUGGACGAGCUGAUGCGUCUGAAAGCUGCAGCCAGAGAGGAAGGAUGCGACUACCUGACCUGGAACGACAUCCAGGCCUCCAUCGACCAAGUCAACCUGGCUGUGCAGGAGGAGCACGAACGAAUUGCCGCCAUCGGACUGAUCAAUGAGGCCCUUGAUGAAGGGGAUCCCAUGAAGACGCUGGCGAUGCUGCAGAACGCCUCGGCCAAGCUCACAGACGUGGAUCCGUCGGUGGCUCAGCACUACCACGACAAACUGCUGGAGGCCCGCAGAGAAAAGGCUCACGAGACCCAGGAUCCCUCUGCUGUACUGUGGCUGGAUGAGAUCCAAGGUGCCAUCUUGAAGGCUAACCAGGACACACAGGAGGCCCUACAGUUCUCACAGUCCAUCCAGGCUAUAAAUGAGGCGGUGGACACCGGAGAUGCAGCUCAGACUCUGGCUGCUCUACGUAAUCCUGGAGCUGGACUUUAUGGUGUUACCUCAGAGUGUGGUCAGACCUACCAGGACGACCUGGCCAGGAUUAAAGACGAGAAGAAGAAGGAAGGUGAAAAUGGCAGCGACUGGGUGAAGCACUGGGUGAAGGGAGGACACAACUACUACUACAACCUGCAGACCAAGGAGGGCACCUGGGUGGAGCCGGAGGGCUUCCUGCAGAACAACGUGCAUCUCAACAAGGAGGACAUCCAGGGGGUGGUUUCUGGGGUAACCACAGCCUACAAUCGAGAGCAGCUGUGGCUGGCCAACGAGACUCUGAUUACCAAGCUCCAAGCUCGUUGCCGUGGCUACCUGGUGAGGAAGGGCCUGAAGGAGCGCAUGGGCUUCCUGAAAUCCCAAGACCCAGCUGUUACAUGCAUACAGGCCCACUGGAAAGGCUACAAACAGAGGAAGAAGUUCAAGGACCGUAAGCAGUAUCUGAAGAACCACAAUGAUGAGGCUGUCAAGAUCCAGUCGAUGGUUCGGAUGCAUCAAGCUCGUAAGAAGUACAAAGAUCGUCUCAAAUACUUCAAGGAUCAUAUCAAUGAUGUGGUGAAGAUUCAGGCUUUCAUUAGAGCCAACAAGGCCAGGGAUGACUACAAGACGCUGAUCAAUGCUAAUGAUCCUCCGAUGGCGGUGGUGAGGAAGUUCGUCCACCUGCUGGACCACAGCGACCAGGACUUCCAGGAGGAGCUGGAGCUGAUGCGGCUCCGCGAGGAGGUCGUCACCAACAUCCGCUCCAACCAGCAGCUGGAGAACGACCUGAACCUGAUGGACAUCAAGAUCGGCCUGCUGGUGAAGAACAAGAUCACCCUGCAGGAGGUGGUGUCCCACAGCAAGAAGCUGACCAAGAAGAACAAGACCCAGCUGUCUGACAUGAUGAUGAUGAACAAGCAGAGGGGAGGCCUGAAGGCUCUCAGCAAGGAGAAGAGGCUCAAACUGGAAGCCUACCAGUACCUGUUUUACCUGUUACAGACAAACCCCACGUAUCUCGCCAAGCUGAUCUUCCAGAUGCCCCAGAAUAAGUCGACAAAGUUCAUGGACUCUGUGAUCUUCACCCUGUACAACUACGCCUCCAACCAGAGGGAGGAGUACCUGCUACUCAAGCUCUUCAAGACGGCCCUGCAGGAGGAGAUCAAGUCGAAAGUGGACCAGAUGAAGGAGAUCGUCACAGGAAACCCGACGGUAAUCAAGAUGGUGGUGAGUUUCCACAGAGGCGCUCGGGGACAGAACGCCCUGCGGCAGAUCCUGGCGCCGGUCGUCAAGGAGAUCAUGGACGACAAAACGCUAAACAUCAAGACGGACCCGGUGGACAUCUACAAGAGCUGGGUGAACCAGAUGGAGACGCAGACCGGAGAGGCCAGCAAGCUGCCUUACGACGUGACUCCAGAGCAGGCGAUGGCUCACGAGGAGGUGAGGACGAGACUGGAGGCCUCCAUCAAGAACAUGAAGACCAUCACCGACAAAUUCCUGUCCGCUAUAAUCGUCAACGUGGAUAAGAUCCCAUACGGGAUGAGGUUCAUCUCCAAGGUGCUGAAGGACACGCUUCACGAGAAGUUCCCAGAUUCUACAGAGGAUGAGCUGCUCAAGAUCGUGGGGAACCUUUUGUAUUACCGCUACAUGAACCCGGCCAUCGUGGCUCCCGACGCCUUCGACAUUAUCGAGGUGUCCGCCGGUGGUCAGCUGACCACCGAGCAGCGACGAAACCUGGGCUCCGUCGCCAAGAUGCUGCAGCACGCCGCCUCCAACAAGAUGUUCCUGGGAGACAACGCCCACCUCAACCCCAUCAAUGAAUAUCUCAGCAACUCCUACCAGAAGUUCAGGCGCUUCUUCCUGUCAGCGUGUGACAUUCACUCACUUGAAGAUAAGUUCAACGUGGAUCAGUACUCUGACCUGGUCACUGUCACCAAACCCGUCAUCUACAUCUCCAUCGGAGAGAUCAUCAACACUCAUACGCUGCUGCUGGACCACCAGGAUGCCAUCGCUCCAGAGCACAAUGACCCCAUCCAUGAGCUGCUGGAGGACCUGGGAGAAGUUCCCACCGUCGAGUCCCUCAUCGGUGAGAAUCCUCUUCCCGCUGACGACCCCAACAAAGAGCUGAUGGGGAAGACGGAGGUUUCACUGACGCUCACCAACAAAUUCGACGUCCCCGGUGAGGCCAACGUCGAGAUGGACGCCAAGACCCUCCUGCUCAACACCAAGAGGCUCAUCGUGGACGUGAUCCGGUUCCAGCCUGGAGAGACUCUGACGGAGAUCCUGGACUCAACAGCGAGUCAAGAGCAGGAAGAAGAGUACCAGCGAGCCAUGCAGAGGAGAGCCAUCCGAGACGCCAAGACUCCAGAGAAGAUGAAGCAGGUCAAACCGGUGGUGGACGACAGCUUGACCCUGCAGGGCAAGAAGGACAAGAUCAAGAGCAACCUGCAGCGGCUGGCAGAGCUGGGGAAGGUUCACCCCGAGAACCGCUACCAGGACCUCAUCAACGACAUCUCCAAGGACAUCAGAAAUCAGAGGCGGUAUCGGCAGCGCAGGAAAGCCGAGCUGGUGAAGCUGCAGCAGACCAACACAGCCCUGAACUCAAAGACCAAAUUCUACAACGUGCAGAUUGAUUCUUACAAUCAGUACAUCAAGACGUGCAUGGACAACCUGGCCAGCAAGGGCAAGUUGUCAAAGAAACCGGGCGACAACAAGGCCAAGAAGAGUAAACAGGUUUCACAGAAAUACACGGCGUCUCGCCUCCAAGAAAAGGGCGUCCUGAUCUCAAUAGAGGAUCUGCCGCCCAACCAGUUCAAGAAUGCUAUUUUUGAGAUUUCUCCAUCAGAGACCGUCGGCGUGUUUGAAGUGAAGGCCAAGUUCAUGGGCGUGCACUUGGAGACAUUACAGCUAGAAUAUCAGGAUCUCCUCCAGCUGCAGUACGAAGGCGUGGCGGUGAUGAAGCUCUUCGACCGGGCCACCAUCAACGUCAACCUGCUCAUUUUUCUGCUCAACAAGAAGUUCUACGGGAAUUGGGGGAAAAUAAGAAAGAAAGAAAAGGGCUACAGACACUGAAUUUAAACCACAAAACCCGCUUUGAGGGUUGCUUAAAAAGCCCAGAACCAUCCUGUCUUUCCUGCACUUCUCCGACGUGCCUAUGCAAGUUUACGUGCAUUAUUUUUUAUCACCUGGAUCACUAUAUGUGCUUUAUUCUUAACGGAACGCUCCGUCGUGCGAGUUCCUCUUACUGUCUGUACCUGCAGCUAGUCUCUAAGAGGUUGUUGUUUUUUUUUUGCUUUAAAUAUUAUGAAUUUCCUGUGCAUGGGCUUUGAUUAAUUAUAUAAAAGAAAAAUGUAUGUUUUAUGUAAAGAGAUUGAGUUUUACGUCUUUCUUAGCCGUUCGUUUGUCUGCUGCCCGUCAUCUGUGUCGAGCUGCUUUUCAGGCAGAAAAUGAAACAAGGUUUUGUGAGUCCAGGCUGCUUCUUGGACUCCUGCGUGGUCCGAAGCAUUUUUCUGUUGCUUCUUGAGACAAUUUGG